AUGAUGGGAGCCGCGCGAGCCGGAUUCUACAAGAAGCGCAUUUCGAACUCGAAUCUCGUCACACCGUCGUCGCCGAGCAAAUCCAAGAUCAAAAAUAAGGUGAAUUCGACACAAUCACCGCUUUCAUCUUCUUCGAACCGUCUAAGUGUUCCUUCGAAUCCGCCACUUCGGAAGCGUAGCGGAAGUGCUCCGGCCAUCAGGCCUCUAACUUUGGCAACCACAUGGAAUCUCAAGCGUGAGCAUGUGAGAGCUCUCAAAAUGACAUGGGCUCGUCUGUGUGAGCCGCCGCGAUCCAAUUGUCGAGGUAUUGUGCUCCUCUUGGAAAAAGUUUGGGAGAAACUCGAUUCGAAAGACAAAGAUGUUCGCAACAUUUUCUAUAAUGCCGCGUUUGUGGAUUCGAUGCAGGAGCGUUGUGAACGUCGAAGGUCCGGCUCAAUAGCGACGCUUCGAGACCACACCCACUUUUUUGUGUCCCUUGUUUCACAGGUAGUGAUGAGCCUUGAAAUUGAGCCCACGAAAAUUCUCGAGCAUCUGGAUAGCCUUGGGCAAAACCAUGCAUACUUGAAACAGUAUGGAUUCAAAUCGAAACAUUGGGAGAAAGUUGGCGAGUAUUUUGUGGAUAUUGUCGUUAUACAGGAUUGCGUUCGCGGGUUCCCCGAAGCGUCUCGAGCAUGGACGAUGCUCAUCUCUUCAAUUGUCGAUCGGUUGAGGGCAGCACCGCGUCGAGGCAGUUUCGCAACGCCGGAGAGCCGUCGGGGAAGCACGUGUAGUAUUUUCGAUGAGAAUUGCCGGCAAAGGAAAUGUCCGGUGUUUUCCAUCUCGCCACACGACUCGGCGUCGAAUCUGAGCAGCUUCGAUAAGGAUCGCCGCGAUUCGAUAAUUCUGCCGGCGACGACGAUCGAUUUGAGCUCCAUCCAACACGAGCUUCCCGAAGCGAAUUGA